CUGUCACUGUAACUUUGUAACAACAGUCACCUCACCGCGAUUUAAAUGACACUGUUAUAUUGUUAAUUGUUAUAAGUUUAUUCUAACUAAGGUAAAAUUUUUGGAAAAAAAUACGCACCCAAGGAUUUACCAGGGAACCACAUUCAUAAAACAAAGUGCAUGCAAUUCGCAAUAUUGAACUUUUCUUAACAUUUUAUAAUGUGGAUACAUUCUAGUCAGAUGUAAACUUUUUCUCUGAAUUUAAUAUUUCUUCUUCUAAUAAUUUAAUAAUCCCAACGUUUAGUACGAUAAUCAAUUAGUUUAAAAAGCUAUUAUAAUGGAUAAUUGCUUUAUCGACAUCACUGUAGAAUUUUUAGCUAUUGCUUUUCACAACAUUUUGUACUACAGUUCUGUUUAUCCGCCAAAUGUAUUUGAUACUAGAAGAAAAUAUAGCGUUGUCGUAUAUCGCUGCAGACAUCCAGAAGUAAAUCAGUAUAUUGAUUUAUGUUUGAAAAGCAUAGAAGAAUGUUUGAAAAGUGGUACAUUGAGACGCCUAGAAUUUGCAGUUACUGAUGGUGAAUAUAUUCCUUUAGCAAAAUUUGUAUUUGAUUUUGAUAAGAAUUCCGUAAAUGACGAAAAUUCUGAUGCUUAUUUAGUGCAAGUUGAACAAAAUUUACGAGCAUUUUGCCUAAAGCUUAACACAUUAAGUGGGGAAUUUAUAAAAAACAAUGAAAACAAAAGUUUUACAAUUUUCCUGCACACUAAUGAGUCAAUGGCGGUCUCUAUGGGUAUCAAUGCUGAUUUACAAGAGUUUCCUUUCGUUGAAAUAGAAGAUAGAAUUGAAGACUGUGAAAAAAUAUUACCACUAAGAAGAUUUGAAUUAAGAGAUUAUAGCAUAGACACAUAUGUUGAAAUAAAAUAAGAAUAUAAAUAUGCAUUUAAUUUAGUGUAGUUUAAUAGCCAUACAAUAUUUUACCUAUUGUUAGUAUCAAUAGCAACUUAUCCUGCACAUUUUACUGGGAUAUAUGUAGAUUAUGUGGUGUAAAGAUCACUGUUAUUUUGCUGCUAAAUCUUGAUUCACUAUUUAAAUACUGUGGAUGUAAUGUUAUCAAUAAUUAAAUUACAUUUUUUUUCUAUUAAUA